AUGGCAUCUUUUAACCUUUUAUUCCUGCUUUUCUUAAGCACGUUUGAGUUCGUGAGCGCUGAGAACGCGCAACUUCAAGAGCGACUGUUUUUAAGUGCUUUGGGGCUUUCGAGUCGCCCGAGGCCGUCAAAUCACGCUUCAGUCCCCUCGUUAUUGUGGAAAAUGUUUAAAAAAGCGGAGAUGAAGCGAGAAGAAUCGGAUCCAUGUACAGUACCAGAGUAUGGAGUGAAAGGAAACAUCGUCAGAUACGUUUUAGAUCAAGGUAGCAUGAUUUCCGACAGAAGUAGCCCGGCCUGUAUGGAGCGACGUCUGUUUUUCGACAUGUCUGUGCUGGAAGAUGUGGAGCAGCUGUCUUUGGCGCAGUUGGAGAUAAAAUUUAAGCAUAACUUGUUCCCUACAACACAGGGUGCAGGGUCACAGGCUUUUAGCAUGCAGUUGUAUCGAGUUGUAAGACCAACGUUAAAAGGCAUGGCUCACGAGUCCAGCCGCAGACUGUUUCUCUCACAGUCGGUUCAUUACAUCCAUGGCACCAUACGCUUUAACCUGACUGAUCUGGCUGAGUCGUGGAGAAGGCCAGGCAAAAAUUAUGGUAUGGUCCUAGCACUGAAAUCCACUCCAUUAGGCAAUGAGCUAGACCAGACUGACUGCAGCACCCAGAGCUCACAGGUGGAAAUCCCAGAACUGGUAGCAACACUUGUGGUCGUAUCUCUGAACCCUCAUCAAUGCAGAUCGAGGAAGAAACGAAGUGCGCACUAUUUACCCGUCACUCCCAGCAAUGUGUGCAAACCGAGACGGCUUUACAUUGACUUUAAAGACGUAGGCUGGCAGGACUGGAUAAUCGCUCCUCAAGGCUACGCUGCCAAUUAUUGCCAUGGUGAGUGUCCAUUUCCUUUAAGUGAGCGCUUAAACGGGACCAACCAUGCCAUUCUGCAGACCCUUGUGCACUCGUUUGACCCGAAGGGAACCCCUCAGCCAUGCUGCGUGCCCAUCAAACUGUCACCCAUCUCGAUGCUGUACUAUGACAACAAUGAUAAUGUUGUGCUCAGGCAUUAUGAAGACAUGGUGGUAGAUGAAUGUGGUUGUAGAUAA